AUGUUCUUUGGAAACUUUGGAGAUAUGCGAGUACUUCAUUGGUCCUGUCACGUAUCACUUGGAUGCGACGAAAGUGUCAAGAGACCAUCAGAUGUGAUGAAACAAGUUGGUAUUGUUCACAAGAGGAAAUGGUAUGAGUUUAUCAGACUUCGUGCCUCCAAGGUAGCCGAUGUAUUCUUUGAGACCAAGGCAUUGGAAGGAAAUUGUGAACUGUGCUCUCCAGAUCAACAUUGGGUAAUCAAGAAGGGCAAUGGUCUUAUCUGGUCCACUCUGGAGCCACUCUACUCAACCUCCUUGAUCAAAGAUGACACUAAUAUCAUUGGAACAAUUUGUAGUUGCCAAUGGUCAAAGAUCUGGAGCGUGACCGAGAAGAUGGGUUGUCGUGGUUGGGUCCCAGUACAAAUUCCAAACAACUCAAAGGAUGCACUCAGACUCCAUGCUUGGCAACAGUGGCUAUCUUUCGAUCCGGUCAAGCUCAAGGGAAUCCUUUUAGGCUCUACCAAACCCCAAUCAAUUGCCAAUCCAGACCAAGUGUUUAAUUUUCAGCCAUUGCCAAUGGAUAAAGAUCAAUGGAUUGGAGCACAGACAAUGGCAUUGUUCAACCUUGGAGCAACGUUCCAAAGAUAUGCCGUCAUAGAGAGAGACUCAUCUACAUCAGAAUGGCAUUCAACUAUAUUGUCUCAACCAAAGAGUCAACCUGAGAUUGUGCUCGACAAGAUAUUUUAUAGGAACAAACAACCUAUAAACUAUGGACAAGUUGUACCAGACAUCACUGGUGGCUUUGUAGUAUGGAACACUUCAAACUUGGCAAUAUCAGAGAGAUUAAAGAUGAUUCAACUAUCAUCCAGACUCACAAACCAACAUGAUCAACUUCAAUUGGACCCAUCAAUCAUCAAUGAAGCAUGCCAGUAUGCCGCUGUCAAUGGUGAUCUAUCCUACCUUUUGGUGAUGCCACCUUGGAACAAUCAAUCAAAGGUGGUUGACCAAAGUGCUACCAAACUAGGAGAUGUCCUGGACUUCUCUUCAUACCCAGAUAUCUGUUUGAAGAUAUUUAGACAGAUGUGGACGCCACAGAUCUUUAGUAGAUGUUGGUCCGACACUGAGCCUAACCUAUCAAGUGUGAUGUUGGAUAAACGUGCAGUGAUGUUACCUCAACCUGCCAGAGUGAUACUUAAUCCCAACUUGGAAUUAGUGUCCACUUUGAAAUGGUACUCUACAUCAAUGCAUUAUCAAACGUCCAAUGGUGAUGCUGUCUGUCUUUACCUUGGAUUGGAGUCCAGAUAUCCAGACAAGUAUCAUGGAUCAUACAGAGCCUAUCGUCUUCAAGGAGUUGCCCUGGCAAGUGCAUUGGACGCCCACUUCCAAUGUCCAUUCCCAACCACCAAGGAAGUGAUGGUUUUGAUAAGGUAG